AUGGUGGACGCCUUGCAGGACCUGGGGUUGGAGUCACUCUCGGCCUCAGAGGAUGACUGCCUGAGUGAUGUGCUGACCCCGACACCCCAACGGAGGCACCAGACCAUGCCACAACGGCAAACGGAACCCUCUCUGGCUACUAAGGUUGAUCUAUCAGGCAUGGUGACUGACCUUAAAGCCUUCUUCACGAUGGAACUAGCAGAGCUUAAGACUGAGCUGGGUGCUCUUACAGGCCAAAUAAGGAAGAAGAGGUUCAGGACCUGA